CUCUGCUCAACAGUUUAAUUCACGAUCUGAGGAUGAAAUAAAGUUUAAAUAAUGCGGAUAAACGAGGACACGUUACUGGAGGGACACAGAGCAGUGCUCGUGCCUUAUACACCUGAGCACGUGCCCAGGUAUCACGGGUGGAUGCAGAGUGAGGAGCUGCAGCUGCUCACAGCCUCUGAGCCUCUGACUCUGGAGCAGGAGUACGACAUGUGCAGGAGCUGGAGACAGGACACAGACAAGUGCACCUUCAUCGUGUUGGACCGGGAGCAGUGGAACGCCGGAGUGCAGGAGGAGCAGUGCAUGAUGGGAGAUGUCAACCUGUUUCUAACCGACCCCGGUGACCCCAGCCUGGCCGAGCUGGAGGUCAUGAUCGCAGAGCCCAGAUUCCGAGGAAAAGGCGUGGGGACAGAAGUGGCGUGCAUCAUGAUGAGCUACGGAAUCUCCAAACUCGGGAUUAAAAAGUUCCAGGUGAAAAUUGGUUUGGAAAAUCAGAUCAGCAUCAACAUGUUCAAGAAACUCAACUUCCGCGAGGUGUCCUCGUGUAAAGUGUUUAAGGAGGUCACUAUGGAGCUGCAGGUGGAUCCCUCCGUCCAGACCUGGAUCCUGGACCGGACUUCUCAAGUCCAGGAGCGGGACUACAGAGAGAGCUGCAAGAGGCGGAAACCAGAGUCUGGAUUAAACCAGGAUUGAACUGGGACUGAACCAGGACUAAACCAAGAGUAAACCUGAACUAAACCAAGACUAAAUCAAGACUAAACCAAGACUAAACCAGGAGUAAACCAAGAGGAAACCGGGACUGAACCAGGACUAGACCAGGACUAAAUCAGGACUAAAUCAGGACUAAAUCAGGACAAAAUCAGGACUAAACCAGGACUAAACCAGAACUGAACCAGAACUGAACCAGGACUGAACCAGGACUAAACCAAGGACUGAACCAGGACUAAAUGCUCCUGAUAACCUCAUUCUGACAGAUUUCUGGACAAACUAAAGACAUUGGACAUUGUGGUGGAGAAUUAUCAGAGCUCUACUUUCUGAAAUCUAAUAUUUUCACAUUUAUUUAUGUCGUAGUAAAAUGUGACAUGAUUGAAAUGGUUUAGUUUGUUUUACUUUUGUUUAUCACUGAACUCAGGCCUGGACCAGGUUGUGCUGUUCAGUUUGAAGUCAGUUCACUCUCAAAUGUAUUUAUUUUCAUUUAGGAAAGUAAUUCUGUUCUGAAUAUCACCAAAUGAAAGAGGAACUGUUCCGGAAACCGACCCGGCUCAGACUGAACUCAGCUCUGGUCCGAGUAUUCAGAAUAAUGACAGAAGUAACGAGAGGAGCGCACUG